GCCUACGAGGGACUUAAUUCGAGGUUCUUAAUUCGAGGUUCUAAUUAAUUUUUUAGAGUCCCUAUACAGAACUGAACGGGCUAUUGUUGCAACUCUUCUGUCUGAACGGCUCUGGCCAUGGAGCCUGGAAUCCCUUCCACGCAGGUGCGAGAGAGCGCAUCACCAUGGCAACGGAACAUCAACAACGCUACAAGCUAAUAUGGCGGAGCUUAAGCUCGGUAAAUUCAAGCAGUCUUCCAAACGAGUUUUUAUCAACAAUAUAGACUGCUAUGCAUCCAAAUAUAUUGCCAAGGUUUUGUCGGAAUAUGUUGCAUCUUUUGACCCUGAUGGAGAGAUAGAGACUGAUGAUGAGGAGAGGACGAUAUCAAGCCACAGCAGGGCAGGGGCGUUUCAGGUUGUGGGGACAAUUGCUGAUAAAUCGGAUGAGGACAGACCGUAUGUGCUAGAGGAGUAUUUACAACUGGACAAGGAUAAGCUUCUUCCAAAACUGAUGGACUGUGAUGUUGUCAUCUACAAUAUUACCCAGCAUGUUGAUCAGGUGGAGGAAGCCUUAUGGGCUGUGUCAGCUCUUCACAAUGAAAUGGGUCAUUUUUCUGGACCAAAGAUGUUCAUCCUCGUCUCCACAGUGAUGACCUGGGCAUGCAGCAAGCCAGUUGAUCCUGAUGAUGUGGAGCUUCCCUUCACCGAUGAGAUUUUCUGGAGAAGAAGAGCACACCCCAACUUUAAACAACACUUUGACCUGGAGAAGAGGGUGGCCAAAAUGGGCAAAACUAACAGAAAAUUGUUCUCGACAUACGUGGUGGCAUCAGGGCUUCAGUACGGGAUGGGAGAGCAGGUCUUCCACUUUUUUUUCAAGACAUCAUGGCUGGGACAAGAACAUGAAAUACCUGUCUUUGGCGAUGGCAACAAUAUUGUUCCCAUGAUUCACAUCAAUGACCUGACAAGGAAUGGGGAUAUAGAGAAACAGCAGCCCCAGCCAUAUUAUCUGCUAGCUGUGGACUAUUCCAACAACACCAUGGAGGACAUUGUGAAGGCAGUUGCCUCUGUACUUGGACCAGGGAAGAUUCAGAAGAAGCCACCUGAAGAAGCCUUUCUCACAAAGGACUUAAGUGUAAUUGAAAUUGAUUCUCUGCUGGUCAACCUACGCAUUGAGGCUGUCUACCUCAAAGAACUGUUGUCUGUCAACUGGUUGUGUGAGUCUGGUUUGGUGGAGAACAUAGAGCUGGUGGUGGAGGAGUACCGGCAGACCAGGGGACUGCUGCCCAUCUGUAUGUGUGUGCUGGGUCCUCCUGCUGUGGGGAAAAGUACAGUGUCCAAACAGAUCUGUGAGCACUAUAAGCUCCAUCACAUUAUGCUUAAGGAGACCAUUUCUGAAACCAUCACUCAACUGGAAGACACUGUGAAGAAGGCUGAUCCAGAGAACGAGGAUGCAGUAGCAGAGGCACAGGUGCUGCUCAACAGCCUGAAAGACAAUAUGGAACAGAACGGAGGUGUUUUGGAUGACCAGCUCUUGGUGAAGGUGGUGAAGAAGAAGCUGAUGUCUAAGCCAUGCAAAAACCAGGGUUUUGUUCUGGAUGGCUUUCCCAAGACAUAUGAACAAGCUAAAGAGCUCUUCUAUGCUGAAGAACAAGAAUCAAAUGAAGGAACAUCCCAGAUUUCUUCAUACAACAGGAUUAUGCCAGAGUUUGUGUUGUGCCUGGAUGCAUCAGAUGCCUUCCUGAAAGAUCGAGUGAUGAACCUGCCUGAAAGGCUUGUGCAGAAGCACAACUAUGACCCGGAGCACUUCCUGCGACACCUGGCCAGAUACAGAGAAAAUAACCUGGAAGAUGAAACUGUUGUCAACUACUUUGAUGAGCUGGACAUCAACAUUCUGUACAUGGAGAUCACCAGCAGUGAUGAACCUGACUGCCUGCUGCUGCUGCAGAAGAUCUGUGACAUGGUGGGUCAGCCCAGGAACUAUGGCCCCAGCAGCCAGGAGGUGGAGGAGGAGGAGAAGAGGAAGGCUGAAGAGAGGAUGAGGAAAGAGACCCAAGCAAGAACAGAAGAAGGGCAGAGGGAGGCAGAGGAGGCGAAGCACAGGGCUACACGCUGGGAGGAAUGGACUAAGGGUUUAGAGGCGGUGAGGCAGCAGGAGGAGGAGCUGCUGGAGGCCCAGUCAGUCACUAUGAGGAACUACCUCAUGGAGCAUGUCAUGCCCACUCUGAUGCGGGGCCUGGUCGAAUGCUGCUCAGUGCGACCACAGGACCCCGUCGACUUCCUGGCGGAGUACUUGUUUAAGAACAACCCCUCUGACUAUUGAAGCUAGAGGUCAUUUUUUGUAAUUAGAUGCACACAUGAUGCAAUUACAGAACACAAAAAGCUGAAAUAAAAUAUUUUGUCUUUCUUCAAA